AUGCGUUCCAGAAGAGGCCGUUUUAACACCAUCUUCUUCGAUCAGCAUGACCCUGCGUCAGAGAAGCACAAUCCCGAGUUUGGUCGGCCUUCAGUCUCUGGCCUGGACUAUUCUCCUCUGCCACGUCUGUCUGGACGGUCUUUAGCCAUGGGUGGUUUGGUUUCAAUGGGUGGAUUGAUCUUUGGCUAUGAUACUGGUCAAAUCUCUGGCUUCCUUGAAAUGCCUGAUUUCCUUGACCGCUUCGGUCUCACUCACUCUGACGGCACAAAAUACUUUAGCAAUGUCCGCUCCGGUCUCAUUGUCGCUCUGCUGUCUAUCGGUACUCUUAUUGGAGCCUUGGUUGCUGCACCCAUCGCUGAUCGCGUUGGUCGUAAGCCUUCCAUUUCACUGUGGGCUCUGGUUGUAUCCGUCGGUUUCGUCAUCCAGAUUGCGUCUGUGUCGGCAUGGUAUCAGCUCAUGAUUGGUCGAUUCGUGUCUGGUCUAGGCGUUGGCGCUCUGAGUUUGCUUGUCCCCAUGUACCAAGCUGAGACAGCACCGGCCUGGAUUCGAGGUGCCAUGGUUUGCGCUUACCAGCUCUUCAUCACCAUGGGUAUCUGGCUUGCUGCCUGCUUCAACUAUGGCACUGUCAAGCACCAGAGCGGCAACUCGGGCAGCUGGCGAAUCGUCAUUGGCCUGGGAUGGGUUUGGACUCUCAUUCUCGGAUUCGGUAUUCUGUUGUUCCCUGAGACCCCUCGAUUCGACUUCCGACACGGCCACGAAGAACGAGCCAAGCAGACCAUUUGCCGUGUAUACGGUGCCACAGAAAACCACUGGGCUGUCCACACCCAGAUUACAGAAAUUGAGCGCAAGCUCCGCGCUGAAGAUAAGAUCCAGGCCGGUCCUGUCAAGGAGUUCAUCGGCAUGUUCAGGGCCCCUCGCAUGGCAUAUCGUAUCGCUCUUGGCAUGACCCUGCAGAUGUUCCAACAGCUUACCGGUGCCAACUACUUCUUCUACUACGGCACCACCAUCUUCAAGUCGGUGCAGAUCAACUCUUUCGUCACUCAGAUCAUUCUCAACAGUAUCAACUUUGGCGUCACCUUCAUUGGUCUGUACAUGGUCGAACACUUUGGUCGUCGCAAGUCUCUCAUCGCCGGUUCCAUUUGGAUGUUUAUUUGCUUCUUGAUCUUCGCCUCCGUUGGUCACUUCAUGCUUGAUCUCAAUGAUCCCUCAGCCACACCGACGCCAGGUAUUGUUCUCAUCGUUUUCGCCUGUCUCUUCAUUCUUGGCUUCGCCACCACUUGGGGUCCCAUGAUUUGGACCAUCCAAGCCGAGAUCUUCCCUUCACGAUACCGUGCCAAGGCUAUGGCUCUCUCAACUGCCAGCAACUGGAUCUGGAACUUUUGCAUUGGUUUCUUCACGCCAUUCAUCACUGGCGCCAUCGACUUCAGAUACGGCUACGUCUUUGCUGGCUGCAACUUUAUGGGAGCUCUCAUCAUCUACUUCUUCGUCAUUGAAGGCCAGGGCCGCACCCUUGAAGAGAUCGACACCAUGUAUCUCGAGCACGUUCUUCCGUGGAAGAGCACCAAGUGGGUGCCGCCUCCUCCGGAGCACAUGGCCAACAUUCGCAGAAAGGCAGGCGUCGAUCUUGAUGUCCUUGCCGAUCAAGACAGCGAUGGCCCACUGAACGAGCCUCAGGAUAAGCAGGUGCAUCCUGAAAGCCCAUCCCACCAAGAGCAUGUUUAA